AGGGCGGGGCCGAGCAUUGAUGGCUCGGCGCUCCUCUAGGUACCCGUCCCGACCAGCCGAGUCAGAAGUGGUCGAUACUCUUAGUGUAGUCUGUGCUAAGGCCAGCCGAAGAAUCUUCGCCCCGACAGAACCAGUCGUCGCCAGCGACGAGAGACACAAGCCCGUCCAAGUGCCAGAGAGGUUAGUUGGAGCACCGCGGCGCUCAGGCUGCGGGAGUUGCUUAGAUUCAAAGCGCUGGCCGUGAAGGACGGAUUGCUCAGGCGAGCAGGAACGGUUUCGCGCAGGCGCCGUGGGAGGCCUGGGAGCCGCUCGAGAAGCCGCAUGCGUAGCAGCUGUCCGCUCGGCACAAACGGGGCUGAUCAUGUCAGAGGACACUACAGAGCCCCUAGUGGGGCCCAGCAUCCUCUGGAAGGACCUCAGGGUGCUCCUGCCAGACACAGAGGAGGAGCUGAAGCUGGAUCUCAGUGAGAAGGUGGACAGGAGCGUGGCUACGCUGCUACGGCAGGCUUUGGGUCUGUUCUAUGAAGGCCGUUGGCAGAAGUGCCUGCAGGCCAGUGAGGCUGUCCUGGACUACUCCUGGGAAAAGCUCAACACUGGUCCCUGGCGAGAUGUAGACAAGGAAUGGCGCCGGGUAUAUUCCUUCGGCUGCCUCCUGAAGACCCUGUGCCUGUGCCAGGCACCACAGAAGGCCACUGCUGUGGCUGAAGCACUGCGGGUGUGUGACAUGGGCCUGUUGAUGGGGGCAGCCAUCCUUGGGGACAUUCUUCUCAAAGUUGCUACAGUCCUCCAGACACAUCUGCUCCCUAGAAAGCAGCCUGCCUGUGGCCCUCACCAGGAUCAGCCUGCUACCAAGAAGGCAAAGCAUGAUGCCAGCUCAACUCCUGAUGUGGUAUUAGAUCGGGAAGUGCCCAGGCUUCGCUGCCCACCUCUGCAGCACUUCAAGAAGCAUUUUCUAGUUCCUGGGAGACCUGUGAUCUUGGAAGGUGUGGCUGACCACUGGCCGUGCAUGAAGAAGUGGAGUCUACAGUACAUCCAGGAGAUUGCUGGCUGCCGCACUGUCCCCGUGGAAGUGGGUUCAAGAUACACAGAUGAAGACUGGUCCCAGACUCUCAUGACAGUCAAUGAGUUCAUCCACAAAUACAUUCUGAGCGAGGCAAAGGAUGUCGGGUACCUUGCUCAACACCAGCUGUUCGACCAGAUCCCAGAGUUGAAGCAGGACAUCAGCAUCCCCGAUUACUGUUGCCUGGGCAAUGGAGAAGAGGAAGAGAUCACUAUCAAUGCCUGGUUUGGUCCUCAAGGAACCAUCUCCCCAUUGCAUCAGGACCCCCAGCAGAACUUCCUGGUCCAGGUUGAUGUGGAAAACCCCGACCUAGAGAAGUUCCCCAAGUUCACCGAGGCCCCGUUUCUGUCCUGCAUUCUGUCCCCAGGAGACACCCUCUUUAUACCUGCUAAGUACUGGCAUUACGUGCGCUCCCUGGACCUGAGCUUCUCUGUCAGCUUCUGGUGGUCAUAGCAAAGGCGGAGUGGAAAGGACCCUCCAGGAAGACACCUUAUCCAAAAGCAGUGAACCCAGUGACAGUGUUAGACUCCAGCAGUCCUGCUCCACAAUCAGUAUCUGUUAGGAUGUCACAGAGCUGCUGUGUAACCACGUGACAUGUGUGUGGCCCAGCUGCUGUGUGUACCCAUGUGAUGUGUGUGUGCCUAGGCGAUCCAGAUUAUGGAUGCUUCUUUUCCUUGUAACUGCUGGGCUGAGUAUCUGCCUUGCUGCUGGGGUGCCUGAGUGCCACUGGCAAGCUGCUCAGAGGAGACAGAGCACAGUCCGUAAUAGGGGUCCUCAGUCCAUGGUUCCUUGGGUGUGUUUUCUCAGGUGGGAAAAAGCAAGGUCUGGGACGGCUGCUAUUGUUCCUAGUCUUCUGUGUACUCAGGUGUCACCAGGCCCGAUGGCUUACUACUAGGAGUUGGAGAUCCUUGGGUCCAUGUUUCCCCUCGGGGCAUUUAUGCACCAGGCUGGAAGGGGAAGGCAGAGCCUGGGAUGGUGACAGAACUGGUUUGGUUCUGAGUGAGUGGCAGGAAUAAGGAGGGGCUGGGAGCAAAGUCUUCUCUAGGAGAUACAGGCCAGCCCUUUAGGAGGAAGCCCCUCCCCUCAGGCAGUCCUUGAUGAAGAGAUGGUCCUUGCUCGGUCCAACUGCUUUAUUAGAUGGUGGGUUUGAAUACACACACCUUACUCAGGGUGAACCGGGGAUUGCAUACUUGUGGGAAGGAAUGCAAGGGAACCUCAUUUGGCUGAACACUUGGGGCCUAGCUAGAUACUUUAUUAGCAUGAGAACUCCAGAGUCUGAGCCUAUUCAACCUUACCAGUUCUUCUGUCUGGUGGCACAGUCACUUGGUCCAUAUGUAAUUUAAAAUUUCUUCAAUAACAAUAAAAUAUAUUUUCUUAAGUAAAAGACAAAAAGAAA